CUCCAAGUGAGUGAGUUAACACGAGGAGUCGCUGACAGGAUACAGACUAUUUUGCCACGUUAGUAAGCCAAAAAUCCAGGGCAGUAAGUUAAAAAGUUGGUAUAUGUGAGUCACUCGUGGAACAUCGGAGUAAUUUAAUACCAGAUCCCUGCUACAAUGAAUAAUCGUCUGCUAAAUCAGAGUUGUUAGGAGGUUUUUGGUAAGAAACAGCUGAUCGGGGCUCAGAAUGAGUUGGAGUUUCUUAACACGUCUCCUUGAAGAGAUCAACAACCAUUCUACCUUUGUGGGAAAGGUUUGGUUGACGGUCCUGAUCAUAUUCCGAAUUGUCCUGACCGCUGUUGGUGGGGAGUCUAUAUACUAUGAUGAACAGAGCAAGUUUGUGUGUAACACGCAACAGCCUGGGUGUGAGAAUGUGUGCUACGAUGCCUUUGCACCGCUGUCUCACGUCCGGUUCUGGGUCUUCCAGAUUAUCCUCAUCACUACCCCAUCGAUAAUGUACUUGGGUUUUGCCAUGCACCGCAUUGCUCGCCGUCCAGAGCAAUACAAGCAGCAACAGUUAAAAAAUACGAGCCGCAAGAAGAGAGCCCCUGUAGUGCACCGGGGCGCUAUGAGGGAUUAUGAGGAAAAAGAGGAUAAUAAUGAGGAGGAUCCCAUGAUCUGUGAAGAGGUGGAACAAGAGAAAGAUGGAGAUAGUGAUAAAAAGAAACAUGAUGGUCGCCGUCGCAUCAAGCAAGAUGGCCUGAUGAAGGUCUAUGUGUUACAGCUGCUUUUCCGCUCUGCCUUUGAAGUUGGCUUCCUGAUGGGACAGUAUAUAUUGUAUGGGUUCGAGGUGAUCCCAUCCUACGUGUGUACCCGGAGUCCAUGCCCUCACACUGUGGAUUGCUUUGUCUCUCGACCAACUGAAAAGACAAUCUUCCUACUCAUCAUGUAUGCUGUCAGUGGCCUCUGCCUUCUGUUGAAUAUAUGUGAACUGUUUCAUCUCGGAGUUGGUGGCAUCCGUGACUCCCUCCGUUCCAAGAGCCAGGCAUCUCGGGAGGCAGAGUUAGCAAAAAAAUCCCCCAGUGCUCCUCCACACUACCACUCUGUAUUGAAAAAAGGAAAGAUGCCCAAUGGAAAACUGUACUCACACGUUGAAGCUGCUGAGGCUUUUGAGAUGCCGGCGAUGCAUUCUGGUCAGCAUGAACUUGACAGACUCCGGCAGCACCUCAAGUUGGCUCAGGAACAUCUCGACCUAGCCUUCCAGAUGAAUCCAUCGGACACUGCCCACGCGUCUCGGAGCAGCAGCCCUGAAGCCAACAGCAUCGCAGCAGAACAGAAUAGACUAAAUUUUGCUCAGGAGAAAGGAGUAGGGAACCACGAGAAAUCUGGUUUGUGAUCUUUGGAUGAUGGGGUGGGGGAAGGGUAAGAUUUGGAUUUUUUUUGCAAGCUCUACAACACGACUGGAAUUAGACUGGAAUUGCGUUACCAAGAGGUCCUGGCCCUCUCCUAGCAGGGAAGCCGUACAAUGGCUGGAGAAAAAGGGAACAUUUGGGGAGGGCUGGGUUUGUGAAUGAACCUCUGUUUAGCGGACUGACAGCUCAGGCUGUGCCGCGUCUUGGAAAUUUUUUUUUUUCUUUGUGUAAUAUCUUCUGUUACCCGACUCACUGCUGCCGCUCGCUGCCAACAGUGGAGAAGGAAGAUGCCACUGGUUUACAUGGGCUGCUCAUUACGGGAAUUUUGUCUCUAGCAUUAACUUUUAUUUUAUAUAUAUAUAUUUUUUUUUUAGUUUAGACAUUUUUUAAUUUACUCCGGUCAAUGUUUGUAGCUUUCUCAAGCAGUGGUUGAAAAAAACAAAAAAAAAAUGCAUAGAAUGAACUAUGAAUUUUCAUUUAGAAUAAGGCAGUCC